AUGAUUUUUAUGGGGACAGGGUAUAAUGAGGGGGGUGUUGGGGGGGAAGGGGAUGGGGGUAGGGGGGAAUUUGAGGGUUUUGAGCUGUGGAGAGGUGUGGAAGGUUGGGGGAGGGAGGGGGUGGGUAAGAGGGGGGUGAUAUGUGGGGUUGGGGUGGGGGUGGGAGGGGUGGGGGGGGGUGUGGGGGUGGUAGGUAUGGGGGGUGUAGAGAGUGUGAUGUCUGGUGGGGUGGGGGAUGGGUGGGUAGGAGAAGGGGGGUGGUGUGGGGGUGUUGGUGUGGGUAUUGUUGAUGAGAGGGAUUGGGGGGAAUGUUGUGGGGGGGGAAUGGGGGGGUGGGAUUUUGUUUGGGGGGUGUUUGUGGAUGAUGAUUGGGUUGGGGUGGGGGUGUGGUGGCUAGGGGGGUGGGGGGGGGUGUGUUUGUUGGUUGUUGUGGUGGGUGGUAGGUGGGGUUGGGAGGGGUGA